UGCGUCAUACGACACAACAGUGAAACUAUGGGAACUUGAGCGUGGCUCCUGUGUUCUGUCUCUCUCCAAGCAUCAAGAACCAGUGUACUCACUGUCGUUUAGUCCUGAUGGCAGAUACAUUGCAUCAGGGUCUUUUGACAGAGCACUGAAUGUCUGGUCAACACAGACUGGUACUCUAGUUCAUAGUUACCAUGGUAAUGGGGGCAUAUUUGAAGUGCAGUGGAGUCCAAGAGGAGACAAAGUAGCAGCAUGCUUUUCAGACAAUACGCUGUGCGUUUUAGACGUCCGCAAUCUUUGAUGUUUUUGACCACAAUCCUAUGUACAAAUGUUCCUGGAGAACUUAAGAAGAAACUUUCUAGCAUCCAGUCUACCGCAGAGACGUCCAAAGCAACAAAACUGGCAACUACCAGAUAGUUGAAACUCGAAAAUCCAUCAAAUGCGUCAAUCUACAGAACCAAUGACCCAAAAAAUCAAUUUUGAUUUCGCUCUCGAAAGAUUGCUACUGUUUGCGUUAUUUUUUUUUUUUUUUUUUUUUUUUGAGAAAAUUCGAUUUUUUACAACUAGAUUUUCAAGGGAUGAUACAUAUUUAUACUUUUGAGUGCUGGCUCCAUCCGGGGACGAAUACUUCAAGAGUUUUCGGCUGUUUUGUCGAAAAUAGCUAGAGCGUUCGGAAAGCAGUCGGUAACAUAUCGAUAUCGUGUGACAUUGUAAUGACCGACAACUUUUCGUGUAUUAAUUUUAACAAUGGGAAUUUCCUCUGCCAUUUUCAUUGUCACAAGAACGCAUAUUUAUUAAUUUUAAUGAUAAAAUUUUUUUAUUUGUUGGCACAAUACUUUUAUCGCUCCAAACGUCCUCGUAACCAAUACCAGUCCUCAAUCCUCCCACGUUUACCACGCCACAGUACAGAAGAUGUUUGGACCACAGUGAUAACAAAAGCUCGUGGUGCACAAACAUUACCUCGGUUGUCAUGUAGUAAACGUUUGUGUUCGUAUCUUGUAUCAUACCAUCGGACUUAUUUUCUUCCGGUGUAAUUAUGUUGAAGAAAUUCUAACUAUAAGCUGUACUUUUUAAAUUACAAAUGUCAACAUUAAAUUUUAAAGUGCAUAAUUAAGUAUUAUCCAAUUAUGUCGAGUAAAAGAGAUUUGUUUG